AUGAAUGAAGCCCUUAUUAAUCUUGUGCUGCCUUUCAUCCAGACUAGAGCAAUGUUGGAUACUAUCCUGGGAGAAAUUAGCGCUAAGGACUGUCACUGGACACGAUCUGCAGUUUAUCCAUAUAACGUCGAACUUAACCCAUUUUUGGUCCCUAGUCAAAGCACAUUCAACGACACCAGCGAUUUAAUCACUAGAAUAAAGGAGGCUUGCAACUACGUUUCUUCUAACCAUCUCAGAGCAUUUGUUUAA